UAUUAUGCUAAUCGAUGUUUUGCUCGGGCGCCACUCCGCGUAGAGCUUUAAAAAGCGCAACAGCAACGCAGCGAAGUCGGGAGGGGGAAAUAAGAAGGGUGCGGACGGGCUGUUCGGGCUUUGGAGCGUCUCUUUCUUUUUGGCUUCGUCUGGGGGCCAUGUCGUCGAGCGUGGACCUACCCGCCAGCAGCGCCUGGGCUCUGGAGCGCCUGGCGGCGCGGCGCGCGUUCCCGUCGGAGGCGCGGACGGGCGCGUGCCGGAGCCUCUUCGGCCCCGUGGACCACGAGCAGCUCCGCCGCGAGUUCCGGGGCCAGCUGCGCCAGAUCCGCGAGGAGAGCCAGCGCCGCUGGGAGUUCGACUUCGCCGCGGGCGCGCCCCUCCCGCCCGGGCACCAGGCGCGCUUCCAGUGGGAAGAAGUGGACGCCGCCGCCCUGCCCGCCUUCUACCGGGAGACCCUGCUGCCCGGGGCCGCCCGCCGCCUCCUCCGGCGUAAGAGCAAGGCGCCCGCGGAAGGGGAAGAAGAGGAGCAGGAGCGGGAGGAGCCCGCCACUCAGCCCGAGAGCGACGCUCCGCCGCUCGGCGCGCUCAGCCACGAAGGAGCGGAGAGCGGCUGCUACUCAGGGAUCCUCCUCAAGCCUCUCCCGGGGUCCGCCAAGAGGACGAGGAUCGCCCACAUCACCGAUUUCUUCGCCAAGCGGAAAAGAGUGGCCGCGGACUCCAGCAGCGCGUUGGCCUUGGAGCAGACGCCCCGGAAAAGGCUCCGAUGAACGAGAUUUUGCACUAUAGGACACCGAAGUGAGUGAUUGUUUCCUUGGAAACGCCAGAGCUGGAGCAAAGGCCCCUUCCUCUCCCCACACGUCAAAGGGACCCACUGGGAGGGAAGGAGAGCGGAGCGUGACGGAGACCUUCCUCCUCUCCCAUUCGUCCCCCAGAAGGAACUGCUUGUACCUCCAUGUAGCAAAAGUGGCAGACCUGCAAGCCACCUGACGGAGCAGUGUUAAUUUACAACUGUGCAAUGUAUUACGUUUUAUAUAUAUUAAAAAUGUAUUAUGCCUAAUGUGAGUACACUGGCCAGAAGUGUAAAAGCUUUAAAAGUCACUUAUAUAAAUGUUUAAUCUCUGCUGAUUUUUCAGUGCAAAACAAAUUGUAUAUUUGUACAAAAAAUACAAACAACUUAAGAGUUCUACUAACUUAUAUUUUCUAUUUAUGUCAGAAGGUGGAUAACUUUGGUUGAAGCCUUGUAGUCUAUUCUGUGUUUUUUUUCUUAUUUGGUUAAGCCAAAGGGCACUAUAUAUUUGCUUUUUUUUGUUAUUUACAAAAAUGUAAAUUUAUUUUUAUAGUGGGGUUUUUUUGCAUUCACAAAAUGUAGCUAUGAAUCAAAAUUACUUUAGUUAUUACUUGAAAAAAAUCUGGUAACAAUGGUUCCUGAGCCAGUCUGUACCACUGCCAUUGCCAAUUUAUGCCACAAUGUUAAAAAUAAAAAAGGAAUCAAAUGAC